AAAGUAGAGGGGGAAUUUUUAACGUCCCCCCCGUCAAACCCCAGUUCAUCCCAGAUCUGCCCGCCUCCACCCUCAGCUCGUCUUCCAUUUAAGACUGUUCGUAAAACCACAUCCACCAACAGCUGUCUUCUGGAGGAAACUGCAGCUGCAUUGGAAGGAAGAGGCAAAAUAAAAUGGCAGCUUGGCACGUGUCCGUGUGAGCAGCAGUGAGAUCACCCUGUGACAUCUGGCUUCUUGGCUGAGAGACCUUUCAGGCUUCUGCGGUAAUCACUAACAUGCCGAGGUCUCCUCAAGGUCAGCUGGCUCGUCUCCGCUUGACCAAAGUAGGAUCGAUUUUUCUUGAUGAAGGUUUGUGUCAGGUCAAGUAAAUUUUAUUUAUAUAUCGCCAAAUCAGAACAGAAGAUAUCUCAGGGCGGUUUUCAUAUAGAGCAUGUUUUGGCUUAUGAUUCCUACUCGUCCAGAAUUUCAGGAAUGGUUGCCGUUUUUUGUUCUUCCCAUUUUAAACACACAUGGAAUAAAUCAUUUAACGUGUUAUUGUAAUGAUAUACUGGAAGGGUGGUCUGCAAAUAUGUGUCAAACUCUGAAGAGUGAUGGAAAAUAUUUUCAUCCCUGCUCUCUGACCUCUCUGGAGCCUGUUUCUUUCCACUUGCCCAAUUGUCCCUGACAGUGGAGUCAUGAUAGGCUGCUGCCGCAACAGGCAGGAGAGGCUGCUGUUAUCAUUUUUCAGCCCCCUUAAAUAAACCGUCCAGACUUGUGAUUUAGCAAAGAGAAGGGUGCAGGCAACAACAGAGUCUGGAAUGAGAGAGAGAGAGGGAGUGUCAUGGAGGUGUUGGUAUGACGGUGGUCGAGCGGUGUCGGUUUAUUGUUUAGGAGGCUUUGUCGCGGUUCCUGUGAUGAGGUAAUGGCAAAGGCAGAGGUGGAUUCUCUCUCUCAACUCUUUUUGAAGUGGUUCUGAUCCCCUCUUACUGGCUGAAACGUGACGCAGGAUGAUUGAAAGAGUGACCGUGUGUGAUCCCACCACUGAAGCUGUGGUGAUGGAGCCUCCCAGAGCAGAGGGCUUCCUGGAGUCGUCCUGCGGUGCAGGAGACAUCGCAGCCUCUCUUGAUGACGGCAUCGCGGAUACAGCCAAUGAGUCUUCAGAGGAAGAGUCCACAGGGGAAAGGGAAGACGAGAUUGGUGCCCAUAAUGAGGUCACCAGCAGCACCAAGGCUACAGAGGUUCCUGCUGAACAGACCUCCAACACACAAACAGUGAACGCCCAGCGCCCAAACUCCCUGGCGUUGCCGGCUGCAGCUGCAGAGCCCGGCCUGUGGACGUCACAGGGGGAUGCAGAGGUGAAACUGAGGAUGGGGGACUCUGGUCUGGCGGCUGAGACCCCCCUGACUGUCAACCAAAUGUUCACCUCAGCCGUCGAGCGCUUUGGUAACCACACAGCUCUGAGCUGGAAGGACGGCGAGCAGCAAAAGAGCCUGAACUACAGAGACUACUACCAGGCGUGCCGCACCGCCGCCAAGAGCUUCCUCAAGCUUGGUCUGCAGCGCUACCACGGCGUCGGCAUCCUGGGCUUCAACUCCGCUGAGUGGUUCAUUGCUGACAUUGGAGCCAUUUUGGCGGGUGGGUUUGCUGUGGGCAUCUAUACCACCAACUCUCCCGAGGCAUGCCAGUAUGUGGCAGAAAACUGCAAGGCCAACAUCAUAGUGGUGGAGAACCACAAGCAGCUGCAGAAAAUCCUUCAGGUUGAAGACAAGCUUCCACACUUGAAAGCCAUUGUCCAGUACAAAGAUGCACUAAAAGAGAAGAGACCAAAUCUGUACACAUGGGCGGAGUUCAUGGAGCUCGGGCGCGAUGAGCCUGACGCGCCCCUCAAUGCGAUCGUCUCCAGCCAGAAGCCCAACCAAUGCUGCACGCUCAUCUACACCUCAGGAACCACAGGCCAGCCCAAAGGAGUCAUGCUGAGCCACGACAAUCUAACAUGGACCGCGCUCGCCACCAGCCGUCAUGUGCGCCUGACAAAUGCCACCCAGGCUCAGGAGUCCGUGGUCAGCUACCUGCCGCUCAGCCACAUCGCCGCUCAGAUGGUGGACAUCUGGGUCACCAUGAGGGUCGGAGGGGCGACCUACUUCGCUCAGCCAGAUGCCCUCAAGGGCUCUCUGGUAAACACCUUGAAGGAGGUGCGCCCCACAGCCUUCAUGGGCGUCCCUCGUGUCUGGGAAAAGAUGCAAGAGAAGAUGAAAUCUGUCGGAGCAAAGUCUUCGACUGUGCGCAGGAAAGUGGCUGCCUGGGCCAAAGAUGUCGGUCUGCAGACUAAUCUCACCAAGAUGAACCAAAGCGGAGCAGUUGGCCGCACACCGUUCCGCUAUCACAUAGCCAAAAAGCUCGUGUUCAAGAAGGUGCGUAAGGCCCUUGGCUUGGACCGCUGCAACAAGUGCUACACAGGCGCCGCGCCCAUCACCAAAGACACCCUGGAGUUCUUCCUCAGCCUGGAUAUUCCACUGUACGAACUGUACGGCAUGAGUGAGAGCACGGGACCUCACACCAUCUCCCUCCCUGACGCCUUCAAGCUCACCAGCUGUGGUAAAGAGAUCCCAGGGUGCAAGACGAAGCUGCACAACCCAGACGAGGAGGGAAACGGCGAGAUCUGCUUCUGGGGUCGCCACGUCUUCAUGGGUUACCUCAACAUGCCUGAGAAGACUGAGGAGGCUCUGGAUGCAGAGGGCUGGCUGCACUCAGGUGACCUGGGCAAACACGACCAGAACGGAUUCCUCUUCAUCACCGGAAGAAUUAAAGAGCUGAUCAUCACAGCAGGAGGAGAGAACAUCCCUCCCGUUCCCAUUGAGGAUGCGGUGAAAGAGGCCGUGCCGCUCAUUAGCAACGCCAUGCUGAUCGGAGACAAGAGGAAGUUUCUGUCCAUGCUGCUCACCGUUAAGUGCCAGGUGAACGCUGAUUCAGGUGACCCAGAGGACGAGCUGUCGCCAGACGCCGUGGAGUUCUGCAGGAAGCUGGGCAGCAACGCCACACGCGUUUCUGAGAUCGCGGGUGGCCGAGACCGGGCGAUCCAGGCCGCCAUCCAGGAGGGGAUCAACAGAGUCAACGAGAAGGCAACCUCCAACGCUCAGCGCAUCCAGAAGUGGAUUGUUCUGGGUCGGGACUUCUCCGUUGGUGGAGGGGAGCUGGGUCCUACCAUGAAGCUGAAGCGUCCGGUGGUGGUGAAGAUGUACAAGGAGCAGAUUGAGAACUUUUAUAAGGAGCUGGCGACUCCGACGACUCCCGACAACCCGCUGCCUCCCAAAUAGAGCUCCUGCUCCUCCUGCAGAGAUAUCCAGACUGUCUGUUACUUGCAGACACACUCCACCUCAUUCAUGCAACCUCUCCCUCUCGCCUUUUUUUUUUUUCCCCCUUUUUUUUUCCUUUUUUUUCCCCUCCCUCUUGUAUAAAUGUUUUGAUUGCCUUAAGUUUUGGUCGUUCUGUCUUUGUUUACAUUUGUGGUUGUUGUACAAAGAGAAUUGAGAAGAAGCCAUUCUAAAAGAGCUUUGAUUUUUGAAGAUUCAAUAAGCUAAAUUCAACUAUUUAUUUGUAUUACUGGGAUGAGCAGUAAUAUCCAAUGGAUGAAGUGGCAGCAGCUGUAUGUAAGAAGAGUUUAUUGUGCUUGUAAAAUUUGAUUUAAAAAAAAAAAAAAAAAAGUUACAGGAUGUUUUGAAGGAGUUAUGUGUUUUUAAACAUGUUUUUCUGUAUUUAUUUUCAGUUUGCCAAAGUUUACAUGGGCCAAAAGAGCUUCAAAUGAAGAAACAUUUCUAGAAAAUGCUAAAAUAAUAGGAAAUUCAGCAACCAUAUCAAAUGUUUAUUGGCCUUUUACAUGUACUCAUUGGUUUUUUUUCUCUAGUCUUUGUUUUGUCUGCCUGGACUUAAAGAAAAUCAUCUUUUUGCACGAGUUCAAAAAGUCAGAGUUUUUCCUCUGACAGGCAGAUGCAGUUGUAGACAUGAAUUGAAAUUUAUCUCACAACUAAGCAUCCAAAUGGUUUUUUUCAUGCUGUAAAAACUUGUCAUUUAAGCCAUAUAUUUUGCUUUUUGUCGUUGUAAAGUCAAACUGCUGUGUGUGCCGACUCAUUACAGCCUACACACCUGCCUGGUCCUGUGGAAAUGUUUUCUAAGCAGUCCUCCUGUGUGUAGACCCCGCUGUGAUUUUGUGGAUUAUAUAUUGUAAAUAUCUUUUGCCUACAUCAUCUGCAUCCUCUCGCUUGUUUUCAUUGAUCUUUCAGCCAGGGGAUUUCAAAUUUUUUUUUUGCACUCGCACGCUGAUGAAGUGUAACAGGAAUGGAAAAUGUACAUAAAUUAGAUGAUAGGUUUAUGGAAAAAGGCAAAUAUAUCAGCUGCAUUAAACUUCCCUUAAUGGUCUGUUGCCAUACCUUAUGCAUCAAAUAUAUAAAUGUUCAAAUGCCCAAGGUUUUAACACAGUGACCACGUCUUUGGCCUACUUGAAGACAUUUUAGACAGACUGAAGGAAGGCCAAGAGAGGUUACUGUCCUCCAAAGAGCUGAUUCAUGUACAGGUAUAUGAAGUAACUGUAUAUAAGCAUAUCACAGGUAUUUGUAGCACCGAUGGUUUAAAAUGAUGAGUUUGAUGGUUAUCGUUCACUCAACGCAAUUAAAGUUCAGGGUAAGCAAAGCAGCAACGUCGGCAUGUGUAUAAACUUAAUUAAGGAAAUGACGGUGAUUCGGUGUGCCUGGGUGAGUGAGUUUCUUGCCAUUUUGAUUUCUUUCAGCUACAUACAUAAAUGAGAAGUUGGAACAGUUUGACAGCCUGUAACAUAAGGGUUUGGUAUCUGAAAAGUACAAAAUGACUUACUUCAAUGUACUUUGUAAUUAUUGGGGACUGUGUUGUUGAAAUAUUGUCACUCUGUGAAAGCCCAUCCUCAAACAGUUCAUUGAGAGCUAACAAGACCCCAGACGCCGGAAAAUGAUUUACCUGACCCUAAAGAGCUGUUUUUGUUUAAAAAAAAAA